UGCAUGAGGGGUUAAUUCAAAGAGCCCAGUGCUGAGCAGCUUCCAGCCUCUACCUGCUGCAUGUGGGACUGGGAUUGAACUCCUGUGCAGUCUCCUGGCUGGGCUGGAAGGAGCUCAGGGAUCUGACUUUUACCCUUCCCAGGUAUCCCCUGAGGGCUGUCUGAGGUGCUCCUGAGCCCUUCAUUUUGGGCAGAGUGGGGUACUUAGAGGGGCAUUUUGGGCAGAGCACGACCCUUCAGAGGGGCAGCAGCAAGUGACACCCCCAGUCUGAGCUGGAUGAGAGCCCCCAGCUCUUGUUCAGCACCUAAGGGCACUGAAGGGGAAUGUGCAGCAUCACUUGGCUCACUGGUGCUGUAUCCCAGCCUGGAGCUGCUUCACAAAGCGAAGGAAGGGACCCAAAAAGCCCAAGUAGCCAGAGCUUGCACAGCUGAAUCCCUGCUCUGCAACAUCUCACUUUUACCUACCCUACCAACAUCACAGCAGCCAGUGCUGGAUGCCUUUCUGCCCUUGUCAGAGCCCAGAAGGUGCCUGUCCCAGCAGCCACCAUGUCCCUGGGGUGUGGCUCACAGGUGGUGGAGCAAAGUUGUUUUGUAGGGGCAGAAAGAGGGGGUGUGUGUGUUGUGACAUGAACUUCCACAUAAAAAAUUCUGUUCAAAUUGCUGUUCAGUUUCCUUCAAAUGAAAAAUAAUGGGGGGGAGAGUAGAGGACCCUGAGUAGAGCAUCACAGCUUCUGUGAUCUAUCUGCAAUGGCUUCCUAGUCAGGACAGGUUGUGAAAAUAAAACAUUUAACUGAGGAGCUACCUUCAGGAAAAGCAAGUUUAACUGAGGUGGUGAGAAUAAAAUAGAGUGUUUAUUUUGCUCACAAUAGCAGUGAGGGGUGAGGGGUUGAGCUGGGUUUGCUCUGCCGUGUUUCCCAAGCAGGACCUGCAAACAGAAGGACACCAAGGACCUUCUUGGGCUGCUCAGGAGACAGCCCAGUGAGCAGCUGGCAUUCCCUGGGCAGUAGCACCCCUGCUGCUGGGCUCCUGCCAGCUGGAGACCCCUGGGCACGGCCCGCAGCCAGCGGGAUGAUGGGCUGGAUUGACCGGGUGGUGCCCCAGCCCCCGGUGCCCCGUGUGACAGAGGAGACCCCUGUGCAGCCAGCUAAGGCACCCCCAGGAAAGGCCGGUGGCCCCACAGAUGCUGCUGAGCGGGCACGCACUGAGGAAACGGAAAAGAAAGUGGCCUUUGUGGUUUCUGAGGACUCGAGUUCUGUGUUUGACAGUGUGGGGAGCAGUGUGCUCUCCUGGCUCUCCCAUGGGCUGGAGAAGGUGAUUCCCCAGCCAGCCCCAGCCCCAGGGCUGCAGGCACUCGGGAAGAGCUUCGAGACAAGCAUCGACAUUGUUGAUGAGACAGAGGUCCAGGUCCUUGGGGAUGAGGACGACGAUGGCCUGGAGAUAACUCCCUUCGAUGCCGAGGAGGAGGAUGUCUCCGAGGGCGAGCCGGAGAGCACCCCGGAGCAGUGGACAGGAAAAGGGGUGCUCAGCUGGCUCUCACAGGGCUUCGAGAGGAUUUUGCCGCAGCCAGAGGGGAUGAAAAAGCUGGAGACAGAGCUGAAGGAGAGGAGCGAAGGCGCGGUGGAAGGCACAGAAGGGGCUAAAACCCAGGCGAAGUCAAAAUGCAGCGCUCCAGGCCCUCAGAGCGCCGCAGCAGCAGCAGCCCAGGGCCAGCCGGAGCCGGGGGCCGCCCUGAGCCCUCAGACCGCGGCUGCGGAUGGCACCAGGAUGUUCAGCUGGUUUGUGCAGGGGCUGGAGAAGGUGAUGCCACAGCCGGUGACCAGGGAGAAGCCAGACACACAGGGAGGGGCCACAGCAACCUCGAGUCCUGUGGAACAAAUUCAUGUAGUCCCUGGGGAGCAGGAGGAAACCCAUCUCACCCUGCAAGAGAUUGAUGAUGGCCAGGUUAACGAAGAGAUGCCGGCCUGCGCUCACCAGGCUGAGCUGCAGGCAGAUGCUCGUUCCCUUCCCACCAUCCAGGAGGAGCCUCAGGAAGAAGAAACCAGACUGGGCUUGUGCUCCCCAAACAUUACCAGGGGCGACGAGGAAAAGGAGGAGGAGGAGGAGAAAGAGGAGGAGGAGGAGGAAGAGAGGAAGAAAGAGGAAGAGGAAAGGAAGAAAGAGGAGGAGGAGGAAAGGAAAAAAGAGGAAGAGGAGAUGAAGCAAGAGGAGGAGGACAGGAAGGAGGAGGAAGAAGAGAGUAAGAAAGAGGAAGAGGACAGGAAAGAGGAGGAAGAGGAGAGGAAGCAAGAGGAAGAGGAGAUGAAGCAAGAGGAGGAGGACAGGAAGAAAGAGGAAGAGGAGAAGAACCAAGAAGAAGAGGAGAGGAAAAAUGAGGAGGAGGAGAGGAAAAAAGAGGAAGAGGAGAGAAAGCAAGAGGAAGAGGAGAACAGGGAAAAUGAGGAAGAGGAGAGGAAGAUAGAGGAGGACAGGAAAAAAGAGGAAGAGGAGAGGAAGGAGGAGGUGAAGAAGAAGGAGGAGAAGAGGAAGAAGGAGGAGGUGAAGAAGAAAGAGGAGAAGAGGAAGGAGGAGAAAAGGAAGAAAGAGGAGAGAAAAAAAGAGAAGGAGAAGAAGAAAGAGGAAAAGAGGAAAGAGGAGGAGCAGGAGGCGAGUGCAGAACCCCUGCUGCAGCCUCCUUGUCUCCCUGCUGAUGAGGGUGUGGAUGAAGCCUGCCUUGCCCAGGAGGCCCCCAGGGCUGAGCAGCUGGAGGAAGCUGAGAUAAGUAAUCUCCAAGGUGCCCUUGUGCAGGUGGAAGAGGAGACAGGUGAAGCUGCCAAAGCCGAUGCUGAAGGUCAUUCCCCCACCGUGGAGAUCCAGGAUGUGGACAGCCCAGGCCGUGCUGUGGAGAUCCACGGCACCCACGGAGAGCUGCCUGCUGCCGGCGCUCCCAACCUGCUGGCGGUGCCCGGCACUGCAUCCCCCAGGAGGAAGCAACUGCUCCCAGAGGAUGCUCUGGACACGGGGCUGGUGAGCCAAGGGCUGGGCUGGGACCAGGAGCAGAGGGAAAGCCUGCCCGAGCGCAUCGGCUCGGCCUCGAGCCUGAGCAGUGCCGUCAUCAACACCCGGCUCCAGGAGCUGGUGAGGCUCUUCAAAGAGAGGACUGAGAAGGUGAAGGAGAAGCUGAUUGACUCUGAUGUCACCUCAGAUGAUGACAGCCCUGUGGCAUCUCCCACCAAGCCAGCACCUGCAGCAGCAGCGGUGCCUGCCCCAGGAGGGGAGCUGGAGGGGGACAAACCUUUGGGGGAUGACCACUACUGUGAGAUGCUGUGCUGCACGUUCAAGCACCGGCCCUGGCUGGACCACCUGAAAAGCUACCAGUUCCCCAGCAGCAUUGACCCUCUCACCAAUCUGAUGUACGUGCUGUGGCUGUUCUUCGUGGUCAUGGCCUGGAACUGGAACUGCUGGCUGAUCCCUGUCCGCUGGGCCUUCCCCUACCAGACUGCAGCCAACAUCCACUACUGGCUGCUGGUGGAUUACCUCUGUGACCUCAUUUAUCUGCUGGACAUCCUCAUCUUCCAGACCCGGCUGCAGUUCGUGCAGGGGGGAGACAUCAUUACUGACAAAAAGGCCAUGAAAGAGAACUACCUGCGAUCACAGCGCUUCAAGAUGGAUGUGCUGUGCCUGCUGCCCCUGGAUUUCUUCUACUUCAAAGUGGGCGUCAACCCCCUGCUGCGCUUCCCUCGCUGUCUGAAGUACAUGGCCUUCUUCGAGUUCAACAGCCGCCUGGAGGCCAUCCUGACCAAGGCAUACAUCUACAGAGUGAUUCGGACCACUGCCUAUUUACUGUACAGCCUGCAUGUGAACUCCUGCCUCUACUACUGGGCCUCAGCCUACGAAGGACUGGGCUCCACCACCUGGGUCUAUGAUGGGGAAGGAAACAGCUACAUCCGCUGCUACUACUGGGCAGUGAAAACCCUCAUCACCAUCGGGGGCCUGCCAGACCCCAAGACACUGUUUGAGAUUGUCUUCCAGCUGCUGAACUACUUCACAGGGGUCUUUGCUUUCUCUGUCAUGAUAGGGCAGAUGAGAGAUGUGGUUGGUGCUGCUACUGCAGGACAAACGUACUACCGGAGCUGCAUGGACAGCACCAUCAAAUACAUGAACUUCUACAGGAUCCCCAGAGCAGUUCAGAACAGGGUGAAGACGUGGUACGAGUACACGUGGCACUCCCAAGGCAUGCUAGAUGAGUCAGAGCUGCUGGUGCAGCUGCCAGACAAGAUGAGGCUGGACAUCGCCAUCGACGUCAACUACAACAUCGUGAGCAAAGUGGCCCUUUUCCAGGGCUGUGACAGACAGAUGAUCUUUGACAUGCUGAAGCGGCUCAGAUCUGUGGUCUACCUGCCCAACGACUUUGUGUGCAAGAAGGGAGAAAUAGGCCGUGAGAUGUACAUCAUCCAGGCGGGGCAGGUGCAGGUGCUGGGGGGACCCGACGGCAAAUCCGUGCUGGUGACUCUGAAAGCUGGAUCUGUCUUCGGGGAAAUCAGCCUGCUGGCAGCAGGAGGGGGAAAUCGCCGGACAGCAAACGUCGUGGCCCACGGCUUCGCCAACCUUUUUAUUUUGGAGAAGAAAGACUUGAACGAGAUUUUGGUGCAUUACCCGGAGUCGCAGAAGCUGCUGCGUAAGAAAGCCAAGAAAAUGCUGAGAAGCAACGACAAACCCAAAGAUGAGAAGGGCGGCCCCGGAGAUGCCCUGGUCAUCCCCCCGAGGGCCGAGACCCCCAAGCUGUUCCGGGCUGCCCUGGCUGCCUCGGGGAGGAUGGGGGGCAAGGGGCCCCUGGGGCGGCUCCGCUGGAGGCUGAAGGAGCUGCAGGCGAUGCAGGAGGCGCAGGGUUCCAGUGUCAGCCCAACCCCACCAAAAUCACCAGUGCACCAGAGAUCGCCUGUCGCGUCCCACAGAGCGCAAACCCGCCUGGGAGGAGAAAUAUCCUCAGAAUCUCCUGAUCAUUCAGUCACCAUUCGUGUGACUUCCACAGCAAAAGAAGAUGAGGAAAUCCUUGCUGCUGAGAUUUCAGAGAAAGAUGAAAAAAAAGAAGAGCAAUGAACAGCAGCAGGUCCCAGGGCAGGCGUAGGAGUCAGGCAAACGCCUGGGCUAGCAGAUUUUUGUUGUUAAUGAUUUCCAUGCAGCGGCUGUAGGUUUGCUAUGUGCUGAGGGUAGGAUCUGCCUCUCUCUUCUGCCCAGACCCUCAAUCACUGCUGAUAAAACCCUCUGCCAUUUGACCCAGAACCAUAAAAGGUUCCUCCACUCUGGAGAUCCAUUGAGCACCUUUAUGAAUUUCCCACUAAAUCUCAGGUCAGCCCUCUUGCUUUGAAAUCUGGCCUUGUGGAGGGAGAGCUAUGGAAAAAUUGCUUUUUAUGGCUCUGGAUGGUUAAUGAGUGUUCAGACAAAGCAUGAAGAGUUAUUCACCUCUGACAGCUGAGUCACCACUUGGCUAGAAACAAGGAAGGAAAAAAAACAACAAGGUUUCUCUGUUGGGCUCAAGGUUGACAGCAGCAGUGGGGAGUGAUUCAUCUGAAAAGGAUGUGGACUAUGCUCACAGGCCAAGCUUGAUUUGCUCACAAAUCAAGCUGUGGUGAGAAUGCCAAGCUCUGUCCCCAAGUGCACGGGCUGCAAGAUGCUUGAGGGUCCCAUCGUGGUGCCAAGACCACCUUGGCUUUGCACUGGGAAGAAUUCUUGCCAGCUGUCCACCCUGGGAAGGUGGUGGACUCCCCAUUCCUGGGGGCUCUUAUGGGAAGAUUUGAUGGGCAUCUUUCAAGGAUAGGGAAGCACAAUCCUGGAUGAGAUGUUCCUGGAGUUCUUUUCCAGCCUUGGGAUUUUUCUGUGCUGCCACUGCUGGGAGGGAUAAAGAGAGAGCAGGAAGGGAGAAGCUGAGCUGGCUCCCAGCUGGGAGGGGAAAGAGAAGUGCAGUAAGGGCUCUCCUCUGCCAGGCAGUGUUUCAGAGCCUGUAAUGUGCCAACAAGUGUCCACAAGCAGGCAGGUGCUCCCCUGCACUCGUUGCUGGGCCUCAGUGGCAUCCCCAUUUCCAGCAGGCAAUUCCCAGCCCUUCAGCCACCUCAGACUGGCUCUUGGCCACAUUUCCCACGGAGAGAGAAGCCACUGGUACUGCUGGUCACUGAAGCCAUGAAGUCACUCUCCCAGCUGUGCUGGGACCGGGUGCUGGAGGGGAAGGCAAACAUCUGCUCAGCAGCCAGCACCCAGCUGAUGGCUCAAGGUGUCCCAUCUUCUUCCAGCACCACCAGCUCCUUCCUCAUCCUCCUCAAAGCCAGCACCCAGCAGAGAGAGCUGCAGGUGAGCUGAGAGGAGGUGAGAAGCAGAGAUGAGGUGGUGCUGGAUGAGGUUUGCAGAUCCUCCCCAGGUUUUUGGCUGUCGAGUUCCCACAGCACCACUGGCUGCAUGGAGAGGAGCCGCUUUCCAUCCUCUGGAGGAGAAGCUGGGGCAGGUUUUGCUGCAGGGAGCAGCCCUGUCACCGUGGCCAAGGGACUCCCCAGGUGUUCAGCAAAUGCAGUGAGCAGAGCUGCAGGUUCCACAGGUCUGGCUGUGACACACAGAAGGGUGGCAGUGCUGGUGUCACCCCCUGGGUGAUCCCUCUUCCCAUCAGCGGCCCAGGGCUGACCUUCACCUCCUUUGGGAUCUUCUUUUGUUGCUUUUUUUUUCCCCAUCUUUUGCAAAAUGUAUGGGUUUCUGUGGCAAAAGAAAAAAUAAAGCCAGAAUAGAUGUUAUUUUUAGUUAAUAAUGUCUUGUUUUCUUUUUAAACAAAUGUAAUGAGCUCCACUGUACUGCAGGAGGGUCUGAAGCCACCACAUUGCAGGGGAGAGCCUGCACUCACCCAAACCUCCCCAAAUGCCUCUCAUCCUCAGUCAUUUGCAAGUGGUUUCCUGCCAGGUAGAAGAUUUUGGUAGGGAGUGCAAAGCUGGGGUUUUUUUGCACUCUUUAAAUAUUUAUAUAAUCAAACCAGGAAAUGUGCAAAAAUCAAACUGGAGCUCUGAUUUACUUCUAUGAUUUAAUAUUCUUUAGAAGAAGCAUUUAAAUAAAUAGUGGGCUGUAAUUGCUCUCAUAAUUCGCUGUAUCUACAAUAAACACCAUGUAGAUUACCA